AUGGGAAGCGAGGGGGAUGGCAGGCCUCCUAGGGCACAGGAGGCGGCGCGGCGGAAGCACCGGAGCCCGCCCGAGGAGGACGAAGGGGCGGCGGCGGCGGAGGGGGAGGGAUCCAAGCGACGGAAGCACCACCACCACAAACACCACCGGCACAGCGGCCGCCACCACAGCCGCCACCAUCGGAGCAGCCGCAGCUAUAAGCACGGACGAGAGGAGGUGGGUGGGGAUUUAAGAGGGGCCGAGGAACUAGAGAACGAGGUUCCUCCCUCUUCUCCCGGUGCUGAAUCCUCAGGCGGCCUUGCGCUGCUCCCUCGUCCCCCUCUUCUUCCUGAAACUACCGUUACUACUGCUGUCGACCUUGAUGAUAGGGAAGAGGGGGAAAUUCUUGAGGAUGAGGGCGCAGGAGUUGCUACCGGCGGGAAUGGGGAGGUUUUGUCGAUUCGCGGUGAUAACAAGGCAUUUGAAGCCGCAGAAUUACUCCCUGAUUAUGCCAGUGUGGACCAUCGUCUGGUAUAUUUCGACAUACUGAUGGCGUUUGGAUUCUUCUUCUACGCUUUUCUCAUUAAGCUGCAAUAAUUUGGAGCACCAUUUUUAAGUGUCAAUGUGAAAACUAAAUCACUUAGUCGUCCUUAAUGAAGAAGUCUGAGAAAGUUUUAUAUUUUGCUGAGGAUAUUUUGAGGUCUUAUAUGCCCCAUGUUUUUACUCUCUUUUGAGUUGACAUUCUCCAGUCAAGUAGCUUUUACCUUUUUUGAAUUAGUGAAUGAAACAGUCUGAUAGCUUAUAAAAUAGCUUUCUCGUGCCACCAGGUUGGGAUACAGGAGCAGAGUGAUCGCCUAGCUGGAGAAAGCUCUAAAAAGAUGACACCUGAAGGGGCCUCAGUUGAACUUUUGGAUGCUGUUGUUGAUAGUAGCAACUCUGGUCUUACUAAAAAGAAAGAUCUGAAGAAUUUUGCAGUGGAGCAUGAUAGUCUAACAUGUAGUGACGAAGAAUAUCGUAGACGAACUGGUUAUCAGACAAAUGAUCUUCAAUCAGGAUUGCAUUUGGAGGAAAAUGGAUAUAAGGUAUUGGGAGCAAAAGAUUUGGAAAGAGAAACCAAGUCAAGGUCUCCUGUAUCAGGUGAAAGCCUUAGCUCGGUGAAGGAAAAAAAAAGAGGUAGGGAUGGCACGACAAUUUCGGACCGAAAAUUGGAUAGUCACAGAUUGAGGAAGCAUUCGGAAUUCAGAGGUUUCCACAGGGAUGAAGACCGGAGAAAGUCAGUGUCACCAGAAAUUCUUAAGGAAAAAUAUGAAGCGAGUGGUCAUUCUCCAUCUUACGGCCGACACCAUGAUGAUGUGUAUCGAAGGGAGCAUUCCAGGCCAGGUGAACAUGCAAGAGAGAUGUCUCAUGACCGGACUGGAAGAUCUGGCGUAGAUUAUACGGAUCAUGCGCACUCUGACAUGAGGGAUACAAUGAGAGCUGAUCCUGACCGUGAGAGAGGCAGCAGACGAAAUAGGCUGGAAAAUCAUGACACCAUUGACAGAAUUAAGGGCAUUGAGAGGGAUAGAAGGGUUGGCAGGGACAAUGAACGAGCUGGGAGUCGUAGCAGACGUGAUGGACAGGAAGACAAGUAUGGCACAUUUGACAAGGGGAGAGAUAGAGAGAGGGACAGAGGUAUGGGUACAGACAGAGAUCGGGAGAAGUCAAGGGAUACUACUAGAGAGAAAGAAAGAGAGAGAUACAGCGAAAAAGAAAAAUCCAGGGAAACUGAAAGAGAGAGAGAAAGGGAUAGAGAAAAGGCAAGGAUAAGGAACAGCAGUAGAGAAAGGGAAAGGAAUGGGGUUGCUAAGGACAGGGAUAGUGGACGGGACAGGGACAAAGAUCUGGAUAUACGCAGAGAUAGAGACAGAGAUGAAGCUAGGCAGAUGGAGAGAGAUAGGGCCAGAAGUCGAGAAAGGCAUGGGGACUCGAGGCAUUCAAGAUAUGAUGAUAGGGAGCGCCAUAGGGGCAUAACCAGAUCUAAAGAAUCAAUGAAAGAACCCAGCUAUAAAAAACUAAAUGCACAAGUGGAAGAACCAGCAAAAAGGUUUGCAUUUAUGUUCGUCAAUAUUGUGAUUGAAAUAGAUGGGUACCUGGGUUUAUAAGCUUAUUAAAUUUGUGUUUGUUGGUUAUUGCUCCAUUGUUUUCUUCUGUUGGUACAGGGAGGAACAUGAAGAAGAUUAUGAAGAGAAAAUUGAGCAGCAACUUGCCAAUCAGGAAGAGGAAGACCCAGAGAAGAUUAUUGAGGAGAGUAGACGAAGGAGAUUAGCCAUUUUAGAAAAACAUAAGCAGAAGCAGCAACAGCAGCAGCAGCAGCAGCAGCAGCAGCAAGAGCAGCCCAAAGAACCACUGUUUGAAGAUCUUGGGAAAGGUAGCUUUAACUAUUUGAAUUAGAAUCGUUAUCUUCUUUAUGUGACGGGUGUUAAAUAUGUAGUUAUCGUAUAUAAUGAGCAAGAAAUAGUUAUCUUCGUCUCAUCUCCUUCAUUUUGGUGUUUAGAGGAGAAGACACUGUUAGCAGAGGGCAGUGAGCCUCCUACCAAGGACACCAUAUCGUUAGUUAAUGUUGAUGGUGGAACAUUUCCUGAGGUUUCUGAGGAUAGGCAUGCUACAGCCGAGGUCUCCACUUCUGGGCAAUCAUUCGCUGUUGAAAAAUCACCUCAGCAGAAUGGUGCUCCAUGUCAGGAAAUUGUGUCUGCUGCUGGUGGACUUGGGGUCGGUACUCCCAAGGUCUGUUCAUUCUAUUCACUAUUUCUUUCUCAUUAGAGUUGUCAGACUUUUUACAAAGAAUUCCACAUUAACUAAUUCUCUUUUUAUUAUUCAUCUGGUCAGAGUGAGCACUCCGAUGAUAUGUUCUGCGAUGAUAUUUUUGGAGAGUCACCUGCGGGUGUACGGAGAUUGGUAGGGUCCGCUUUACUAUUUAAUGUCUUGUCUAUGUUUUUUUUCUUUUCCUUUGUCAUUCUCCAAGAACAAAGAGAAAAAGAUACCAUCUACCUUGGGCAGUUAAUACUUGCAGUCUUACCAUUGUUCCUUUUUUACUUUCUUCAGGGCAAAGGUGAUGAGUUAAAGAUUGUUCGAAGUGGUCUUCAUGAUAACUGGGAUGAUGCUGAAGGAUAUUAUGGUUAGUAUAUGUUUGAAGAAUGCAAUUGUAAAUAUGUAGUUCCUUUAUUUAAUGUAUCAAAUAGAAGACAGCAAGAAACAUUAUUCUUCAACAAGGGCGAUUCACAUCAUGUUCAUAUUGAAUUGUAUCAUCUAAUGCACCAUUGUACCUUGACAUUAACUUUCUUGUUUUUUCUCUUGUAGUUUACAGAUUUGGAGAAGUUCUUGAUGGACGAUACGAAGUAAUUGCAUCUCAUGGGAAAGGCGUUUUUUCAACUGUUGUUCGUGCGAAGGAUCUUAAGGCUGGAAAGGAUGAUCCUGAAGAAGUUGCCAUAAAGAUUAUACGCAACAAUGAAACAAUGUGUGUGAUCGUACGUACUGUAAAAGUAGGUUCAGUCUUGCGUAAAUAUUUUAUUUGACAUCGUUUAAUGUAUUGUGCUGAAGGUACAAAGCUGGUAUGGGAGAGUUGACCAUACUGAAGAAACUGGCGGGUGCUGAUCCUGAUGACAAACGCCAUUGCGUUAGGUUUCUUUCAAGUUUCAAGUACCGGAACCAUCUUUGCUUAGUUUUUGAAUCUCUUCAUAUGAAUCUUCGUGAGGUUCUAAAGAAAUUUGGUCGUAAUAUUGGUCUUAAACUGACUGCUGUGAGGGCAUAUGCAAAGCAGCUUUUUAUUGCGCUGAAGCAUCUCAGGAAUUGUGGAGUUCUGCAUUGUGAUAUAAAACCAGAUAACAUGUUGGUAAGUUCCCUUUAGCAGUUACUUCUCGUCAUCUUGAUUUCUGUGCACAUGUUUGGUCGGUAUUCCAUUUAUGGCUUACAUUUUGAAUGUUGUUUUGAAGAAAGUAUCCUAUUGAUCAAUAUUACUACAUAUGCAGGUUAACGAAGCAAAGAAUGUGCUGAAGCUUUGUGACUUCGGUAAUGCAAUGUUUGCUGGUAAAAAUGAAAUCACACCUUAUCUGGUCAGUCGUUUCUAUCGUGCACCAGAGAUAAGUAAGUAAACUGUUUGAAGUGGUUGCUUAUUUGCUUGACAGUAGCAGAAGUUUUCAUUUAUGGUAAAAUUUGCUGUCAACCAUGUGCAUAAUUGGGAUUUUUUUUUGUUGCAGUUCUUGGUUUGCCAUAUGAUCACCCCAUGGACAUAUGGUCAGUUGGUUGUUGUUUAUACGAGAUAUACUCUGGGAAAGUUUUAUUUCCUGGCCCAACUAACAAUGACAUGCUUCGUCUUCACAUGGAAUUGAAGGGCCCAUUUCCCAAGAAGAUGUUACGAAAGGUGUGACAACGAACAUCUGAUGCAUAUUUCUCAUAUUGGCACUGAAAUUUUUUGUUGGCCACAAAUUUAUCGUGGAUGCUAUUGUUUGGUAUUUGAACGGAGUAAUUUUUCUUUGUUCAUUCUACCCUUUGAAGAAAUUGUGGUCCUCCAUAUUUUCAGUAAUUGUUCUAACUUGGUGCUACAUUCUUCUUGUUUUAUCACAGGGUGCAUUUGCUGACCAGCAUUUUGAUCAGGAUCUCAACUUUCACGCUACAGAGGAGGAUCCAGUGACAAAGAAGGUAAUCUCCCUCUCACUCUCUAACCUUCCCCCCCCCCUCCCCGGGCAAACCCCUUAUAUAUUCCUUAUCUAUGUAUCUAAUCUACUUGCUCAUGCACUUCAAUCGCAUGUGCACAUUGAUGAACAUUUUUCUCCUUCUCACUUUUCAGGCAGUAAAGCGGCUGCUGCUUAACAUUAAGCCGAAAGACCUUGGCAUGCUACUCACUACCUUCCCUGGAGAAGACCCUAAGAUGUUAUCUCAUUUCAAAGACCUUCUCGAAAGAAUAUUUAUAUUGGACCCAGAAAAGAGGAUGACCGUGGCUCAGGCAUUGAGCCAUCCAUUCAUAACGGGCAAGUGA